AUGUCUGCCUCCUCUCCCCCAUCCUUACCCCGAGGCUUCCUCCACUCUCUCCAUCCACAUCUCCCGCCCUUGCCUAGCCCGCCCAGCCAGAUCUACCAGCGACUGUCCAACGGCAGCCCCAGCGCCCCUAGCCCCACCAACUCCCGCAGCUCCUUCCAUGGCGUGUCCUUCCUGCUGCAGAUUGGACUGACCAGAGAGACGGUGAACCUGGAGGCCACUGACCUCUCACUGUCUGCUGUCAAGGACUUGGUGUGUUCUAUAGUUGAUCAAAAGUUUCCAGAGUGUGGCUUCUUUGGCAUGUAUGACAAGAUCUUGUUGUUCCGCCAUGACUUAAGUGACGAGAACAUCCUGCAGAGGCUGACCUCAGUCGAAGACAUCCAUGAAGGGGACCUCGUUGAGGUGGUGCUCUCUGCUCAAGCAACAGUUGAAGACUUCCAGAUCCGACCCCAUGCCCUUUACGUCCACUCCUACAAGGCCCCCACCUUCUGUGACUACUGUGGGGAGAUGCUGUGGGGUCUUGUCCGGCAGGGGCUCAAAUGUGAAGGAUGUGGGCUGAACUACCACAAGCGUUGUGCCUUCAAGAUCCCAAAUAACUGCACUGGUGUGAGGAAGAGGCGAUUGUCCAAUGUUUCUUUGCCUGGGCCGUCUCUCUCUGUUCCAAGACCGCUACCUGCUGAAAAUGCAGCGGUUGUCCCAGAUGAGCAACAGCGGUCCCAUCAGGAGGCAGGGAAGCGCAUCCUGUCCUGGAGCGGCAGGCCGAUCUGGAUGGAUAAGAUGGAGAAGACUCGAGUUAAGGUGCCACACACCUUUGCCAUCCACACCUACACUCGACCUACCAUCUGCCAGUACUGCAAACGUCUGCUCAAGGGUCUGUUUCGCCAGGGCAUGCAGUGUAAAGAUUGCAGAUUUAACUGCCAUAAGCGAUGCGCUUCAAAGGUACCAAGAGACUGUUUAGGGGAGGUGGACUUCAAUGGAGAGCCAGCCAGCCCUGGACCAGACUCUGACACCACCAUGGAUACUAUGGAGGUGGACAGCAGUGAUAUGGAUGGUGGCAGAGGACUGGACGAUCCAGAUGAACCAUCCACUCCAGAUGGGAUGUUUGGCAUGGAUUCUCCCUUUGUUGAUAGAGAGAAGGAUGAAGAGCCCAUCAAGACUAUAAGUCCUUCGACAAGCAGCAACAUCCCUCUGAUGCGAGUGGUCCAGUCCAUCAAACAUACCAAGAGACGGAGCUCCACUAUGGUAAAGGAGGGCUGGAUGGUUCAUUAUACGAGCAGAGACAACCUGCGGAAGAGACAUUACUGGAGACUGGACAGCAAGAGUUUGAGUCUUUUCCAGAACGACACCGGAGCCAAGUUCUAUAAAGAAAUCCCUUUGUCAGAGAUCCUCCAGGUCGAACCCUUCAGGGACUUCAGUAAUCUGGCUCAGGGCAGCAACCCUCACUGCUUUGAGAUCAUCACUGCCACCAUGGUCUACUAUGUAGGCGAGAACAACGGCAGUCUCUACCACAGCCCGGUUCUGGCUGCUUCAGGGGUUGGCGUGGAGGUGGCCCAAAGCUGGGAGAAGGCCAUCAGACAGGCUCUGAUGCCUGUCACCCCUCAGCCCAGCGUAGCCAGUGCUGCUGGUCAGGGCAAAGAUCACAAAGAGCUGUCCAUCAGCAUCUCUGUGUCCAACUGCCAGAUCCAGGAGAAUGUGGACAUUGCCUCGGUGUAUCAAAUAUUCUCUGAUGAAGUACUGGGAUCGGGUCAGUUCGGCAUUGUGUAUGGAGGAAAGCACAGAAAAAGUGGCAGAGAUGUGGCCAUCAAGGUCAUAGACAAAAUGCGAUUUCCUACUAAGCAGGAGAGCCAGCUACGGAACGAAGUGGCCAUAUUACAGAAUCUGCAUCAUCCAGGUAUAGUUAACCUGGAGUGCAUGUUUGAGACCCCGGAGCGGGUGUUUGUUGUCAUGGAGAAGCUGCAUGGUGACAUGCUGGAGAUGAUCCUGUCCAGUGAGAAGAGUAAACUACCAGAACGGAUCACCAAGUUCCUGGUCACACAGAUCCUGGUGGCCUUGAGGCAUCUGCACUUCAAAAAUAUUGUUCACUGUGACUUGAAGCCUGAAAAUGUACUACUGGCCUCUGCAGAGCCUUUUCCACAGGUAAAGCUAUGUGAUUUUGGCUUUGCUCGCAUCAUUGGUGAGAAGUCGUUCCGACGGUCAGUGGUGGGCACCCCAGCCUACUUGGCUCCUGAGGUGCUGCGCAGCAAAGGCUACAACCGCUCCUUAGACAUGUGGUCAGUGGGAGUCAUCGUAUAUGUCAGCUUGAGCGGGACCUUCCCUUUCAACGAGGACGAGGACAUUAACGAUCAGAUCCAGAAUGCUGCCUUCAUGUACCCCCCAACACCCUGGAAGGACAUCUCUGCAGAAGCCACAGAUCUGAUCAACAACCUUCUCCAAGUGAAAAUGAGGAAGAGGUACAGUGUGGACAAGUGUCUCAGCCACCCCUGGCUACAGGAUUACCAGACUUGGUUGGACCUGAGGGAAUUCGAGACUCGCUGUGGCGAGCGCUACAUCACCCAUGAGAGCGAUGAUGCACGCUGGGAGGAGUACGCGGAUGAGAACAAUCUUGUUUACCCUAAACAUUUUAUCAUGGCUCCCAACCUGGAUGACAUGGAGGAGGACCCCUAGUGGUUAAUAGCGUGUACUGCAUCAUUUGUAAUAAGCACGGGGAUUGUCGCAGGGACUUUUUGCGAGACGCAUUGGGAGCAGCAGAGUUUCCCUCCAGAACUGUUUGUUGUGAAAACAGAUCAGAGUUGAUCGAGUGGAGAAUUCCUCUCCAGAUGCUUUGAAAGUGGGAAAAA